AUGGCUUUUCCCUUUGGCCAAGAUGAGCAGGGAAAUCCUUUUCCGGAUUCCGAUCCGGCGCACAUCCUUGGCCCUGAUCUCGACGAUGGAUGGCCUAAUGACGACGAUAUACAACACGGAAACCACCAGGUUGGCGAUGGUUAUCUUGGAGAUCUCCCUGACCUUGAAGAUCUUCUCGCUCACCUUGGAGAUCCUUACGCCGACCUUGAAGAUCCUCACGCUGACCUUGGGGAUCCUGGCCCAUUUGCUUCCACGGGCCCCGAGCAGAGUAUCAACUUCCACACGAGUUUCGAGGGGAUGCCCCCCCUCGCUCCUCCAAACGGCCCGGCCGGCCAGGGUUUAGGCCCGACAACUCACCCGCAAAUCGGACAGACCAAUAAUAGCAAUGAUUUUGAUUUUCAAGACGGAGUUACAAACGCUGCUCCUCCUCUCGCCUAUGGGCCCGCCACUGGCCACGCCGCCAUGGAGCAAUUUUACGCUGAUAACGAGGGCCGUUUCUGGUUCCUUAACAGCCAAGAAUACGACAGCAAUGGUCAACUCAUCGCGACUUACAGAUACGUCGACGAGAAUGGGGAUCAGUGGACGCGCCAACAGACUGUACCCCUGAUACCAUCUGAGCAGACCUUUGGCCAGGAUAACGAACACCAUGACGACUCUAUGGCUCAACAAAACCAGGACUUGAUGCACAGUCAAGGCUUCAACCAAGGCUCUCCGUCCUAUGUUCCAGUCGCACCGCCGGUCGAAGAUUACUAUGGUGGCCAACAUGGUGGCUCCACCUCGCAGGGACUACAUGAUAGCCUUGCCCCCAUGGCUUCUCACUUGACUGCUGAGUCUCCGUCGGGUUCUGCAUAUCCGUCGGUAUAUUCGCCUCACGUGGGUUCUCAUACUCACGUGAUUUCGGGUCGCAUAGCUUCUACACCUGGAUUAAAUUUCACAACCCAUUUUCCUUCUGGAUCUCAGUCUGCCUCAGGAAAUUCAGAACUUGGAGCACAAUUCACUCCUCAGCCCACCAUGGAUCAAGCAGUGCCUGUUCUGAUUAUGGAUGAGCGAUCUGUGAACCGCCCGCGCGACGCCUUUCCAAUCAUCUUUGACAAGGCAUUGAAGCUCGGCCUGAAUAAGCUCCUCAAUGCCGGCGGCGUGUCGUUCAGGAUUGCGACCAUGUGCUCCGGCACGGAUGGUCCCAUCCUGGCUCUACGUGAGUUCGUUGAAGCGGCCACCGCCUGCGGCUAUCCGGGACUCCUUCAGUACAGCCAUGUCUUCAGCGUUGAGAUUGAACCGUUCAAGCAAGCCUUCAUUCGUCGCAAUGCGGCUCCUUCAGGCCCGAUUUUUCGCAAUGUCGUCGACGUUGGCAUGCCCGGAGCUACUCAGGCGAUGACGGCUUCCGGAGCCAUGGCCGAUAUUCCUUUGGGAAUCGACGUCCUCAUUGCUGGAAGCUCUUGCGUCGACUUUUCGAGCCUGAACUACGCCAAGAACGAUAAGAAGAAGAAGUCCGGUCUCAAUAAGCUUUUCGAGCGAUUCAAGGCCAGGGGCAUCUCAGCCAUUCAACAAGACGACCCGAUGGCCACUCAAGUUGUCGAUGGCCUUCAACAAAUCUUCGAAGGCAUCAAAGAUGAGAAGGGAGAGUCAACCAAAACUUUCCUGUCCAUUCUCAUGUACACCCAUGCCCAUCGGCCCAAGAUCGUCAUCUUGGAGAACGUCACAAGGGCUCCGUGGGACCAAUUCAAGGACUUCUGGCUGCCAAGCAUCGGGUACGUGGCGGCGUAUGUCCAAGUCGACUCCAAGAACUUCUUGGUCCCUCAAACGAGGCAGAGAAAAUAUCUACUCGGAGUAGAUGCUCGCUACUAUGGAAACAAGGCCAAGGAGAUCGUUAAUACAUGGGUCAAGCUCAUGGAUAUUACGCAGUGGUUCAAGAAUCCGCCUGACCUCCAGAAGUUCUUGCUUCCCCCGUCUGAUCCGCGCGUGCUUCAGACUCGAUUCCAAUUGGAACGAACGCUGCUCUCGAAGCCGAAGAGAGACGUCGAGGCUGUCCAUUGUGCUGCCGAUCACAGGUCGGCACGUCGAAAGGAAGAGCUCGGCACGUCGAACCCGUAUACUCGGAUGGAUGACAGAGGCAACGUUCAGCCCCGCGAGGACGCCUGGCAGGGCGUCAUCUCAGCCUAUACUUGGCGAAUGCAGGAUCUACUCGACAUCGAGUACCUGAGAGCACAGAAGAAGGGGUAUGACUUCACCCACAAGAUGUUCAUUCUUGACGUCGGACAGAACGUGGAUCGACAGAGCGGAAGGCUGGGUGUCAUUCCGUGUGUUCUUCCCUCAGCUGAUCUCUUCAUCUCGUACGAUGGCCGUCCUCUCCUCGGACUCGAGUGUCUCGCUGUGCAGGGCAUUCCCAUUGACCGCAUCUCGCUUUCGGUCGAGGGGGAAAACCAGCUCAAGGACCUUGCCGGAAACGCAAUGACGACCACCGUCGCCGGUGCAGCUAUCCUCUGUGCCCUCAUUGCCGAGUUCAGGUUCAAGACGAAGGCAAGCAACAGGCACUUGCAGGGUCUUGCCCAAGCCAACCCCACCCAGCUGCUGCCUAGCAGCGGCGUUCUUCACACCUCGACUGACGAGGCCGGGCCUUCCGAUCUCUCAGAAUCUUUCCUUACCGUCGACACCUCCGCCCUUGGACGCAAAACCCACACAUCUUCCAGCAGAAAAGGAAAAGAAAUCGAUCGACCAUUUUCUGCCUCGGCAACCACUCCCAACAAGAUGGCUUGGCAGGAGAUCGUCUCCUCCGGCUGGGACGGCAAUAAGUCAGUCGAGUUUUUCUGCACCCUCUGCCGUAAUGGGUGCCGAAAAUGUCGCUGCGACGCCUUCCGCAAGCAUCAAUACACCGGUGUUUAUUUGCGAUGCAAGGACUGCAAUGAGACGCGCUGCCAAAGCUGUGCCGGAAAUCCCGAUCACAAUUUUGAUAGGGCCAACCCCAUCGACGACAAGGUGUCAAUCGGCAGAAGUUUGGCUCAAGAGCUUGCGAUUGCUGCUUUGCCAGCUCAUCUCUACAUCGAUUGGGCAGGUACCGAUACCCUUCACAGUGGCGAUAUUCUCCACAACCUCGACAAGCAGACCUUCAGCGACCACCUCGAGGCUUUACACCGCGCAAUCCAGACGUGUGCAGGCGGAGUUCAUUACUACCAGACGGACCUCAAGUUCAGAGACGAUCUGACUGUGACUUACGAAUCCGAAAAGUCAAUCAUCGUCGUUGUCGUCACCGAAAAGGACGUUACGUGGAGCAUGCACCUGAGACCCGUCUAUAUUGAAUUCGGGCGCCCAUCGAUUCGGAACGAUAUCUCAGCCGGCGAAGUGGCAGUUGAAUUGGCUGCUCUAGGUUACGACCUUCGCCAGCCUCUCUUGAAAGCAAAGCUUGUUGAAGUCAACGGCCUUGCACCCUCUCUAGUCAACGACAUCACGCAUGUCGUCAACGGGUAUUACCACUUUACAGACAAGUGCGCAACCCCACUGGGGCUCCUCUUCACCAAGAACGAUCCUCUCGGUCCCGUCUACAUGAUGCUCCAGACGAACUGCAAUGGAGCUGCCGAAACCGACCGAUGGGUCUUGACGAAGAACCCUAGAAAGCUCGAGCCGGAUCAAGUGCGAGACAUCAUCUGCGUUUUUCCCAAAGGGUUCAAGCACCAAGAGGAACAGCCUCCGGGCUCUACAGUCACGGCCGUGUUGCCUGGCGUGUACACGUCUCUGCCGCCCGCCCUGGAUAUCACUGUCCACGAGCGUGAUCCAGCCCUCCAUAUUGGUCUCAACGAUUUGCAGGAGCAGGCUAUCAGGAAUAUCGACUGUCAAUCUUCGAUCCCGUCCAUCAUGAUCAAAAUGGACAAGACCGACAUGCACUUUCCAGUGAAGUCACUCCUCACCCAGUUGACUUCCCCUUCCGGUACAAACAGCAUGGCAGCUUCGCCCGAUAUCUGGUUCACGAUUGCCCAGCAUGAGAUCAAGGAUGCAUUAGCACUGGCAUCUUCUGCCAUCAACAAAUUGCCGGCCUUAGCAUGUGCUGAACUUCUUACAGUCGGUGAAAUCAUGCUGGAUUCUGGUGAUGCGUGCUACAGAUGCUCGCCGACCGCUCCAAAGGCUCUUCACCACUGGGAUGCGGAUGGCAGCGUUGUGCGAAUCGAGGACGAGGCAGUGGCGACUCAAGCGGAGCAGGCUAUGUUGCGACGACCAGCUCCUCUCGAGAUCCAGGCCCGACUGGAGCCGAGUGAAGCUGACGGAUACAAUGUGCUGAGCAUGAGAAUUCUGCUCAACCCAGCGUCGCUCGCGCACCGGGCGCAUGGUUACUUCCCGGUCGACAAGGACAUCAUGUCGCCCAUGGUCCGCUCAACUCGCGGAAGUGGCAAUUUCCGUGUGAAAAUGAGCUACCACGAGCCCAGCCUGAAGGGGUUGCCCCCCUUCAAGAACAGCAUGGGCGCUGUUCAGGCAAGUCCCUAUCCUCCCCAAGGCUUCUUUCAGCCGCCCCGUUUUCUGCAGAAUGGAAUGAUGCUUCGACAAGAUCAACUCGAGGCUUGUCAGUGGAUGCGGCACCGCGAAAGAGACGAAUCGUUCACUGAAAGGGAAUUUGAGGAGCGAGUUCUUCCAUCUGUGAACGUGCGCUUAAGUGCUGUCGCAGAGCUUGAGAACUAUGCCCGAGGAGGUGUUCUUGCACACGACAUCGGCUACGGCAAGACUAUAGUUACACUUGGUCUUGUUGAUUACACAACCACUCCCAUGCAUGCAGAGUUUUCUAUUCUGGAGCGUUCUCGGUGGUUAGGAACCACGGCGUUCAUCCACAUCAAGGCCACUUUGGUCAUCGUGCCACCUCAUAUCGUGUCGCAGUGGGCCAAAGAAGCUAAGAGAUUUGUUCGUCAGCUUCGAAUUCUCGUGCUCACCAAAACGACUGAUAUCUCACGGAGGAGCAUGGAAGCAGCAGACAUCAUCAUUGUCAGCAGCACCCUGAUGGCUUCUGAGAAAAACAUCGACAAGCUCGCUGCAAUCGCCCAGAUGCCAUCAAUCCGUCAGAAGAGAUCGAACCGAGACUCCCAGGACUGGCAUUACGAAGUGGUUGAAACCAUCAAGCAUGCCGCCUAUGACCACAGCAACCCUGACAACCCGAACAAUGCGCAUGUCGAGGCGAGAAUCCAAGGUCGCCGCACCAUCAGCAAUGAUUGGGUCCGGAUGGCCGCGGCCAACAUAGUGGAAGCUAGCGAUCGGAAAACGCAACAGACCGCCAAGGCGACACCCAGAAAGAAGAAGAGUAAGGCAGCAAAGCCCACGACGGCCGUCACCAUUGAUGUAAAGGAGGCCUUCCAGAAUGGCGAGGUACUUGAAAUGUACACUUACUGCCGCGUGGUCUUUGAUGAGUUUUCGUAUGAGAACACAUCCGUUGCAACCUUCUUCCAGAACGCUGUCGCGUCCUCGAAAUGGAUCCUCUCAGGUACACCGCCUACCAUCAACCUCGGUCAGAUCUGCGAGACUGCAGCGUUGCUCAAUGUUCAUGUUGCGCGACCGACACCAUCAAUGCCAGGAUUCUUCCCCAAUGUCACGGCUGGGCCCAAGGUAUCCGAACUAACUGACGCCGAAACAUUCCGCAGCUACACAGAGCCCUUGUCCGCUCAGCUCGCGGCCGAUCGCCAUGAGCAGGGACAGAAAUUCCUUCUCCACUUCUUGCGGAAGAACAAGACAGAGAUUCCAGGUGUGGAAAUAGCCGAGGUCGCCUGCUUCACUCCCAUGAACACUCAAGAAGCCUUGGUAUACAAUUUUGUACAGCAGGUUCUUCAUGAUGCCAAGUGGGACGUUGAUAGCAUGCCCUGUGGUCUUGAUACUUUUCUUCGCACCAUCUUGAACGAAGAAAUGACCCAGAGUGCCGGUUCCAAGGUCAAAGCUGCCGGAAAAUCUAUCUGGUCGGAUGCGGUCGACGCGUUACUUCUCUUGUCUUCGUUGUCCGUUUCUUCCGGCCGAAAGGGCUUCGAGGGCAUGGGGUGGACAGAACCCAAUGCGAAGUUGACUCUGGAGCGUCUCGGCAACGAAGCGUCUGCUGCAGCUGGUGAUCACCUUGCCCGUUGCACCCGGAUUCUGGUAUCCCUCUUCGACAAAAUGAUGUACCUGGCGAAUAUGGUUUCCAACGAUGCUGAUACAGGCAGUGGGAAAACUAAAAAAGAUGCCUACUUUGGUCAUAUGGAGGAGAUUUUCGAUUUCAUGAGGAACACCAACGGCGACUCUGAUGAUAGUGCGUUCAUCAACUAUCUCCAUGAUGCGAUCGUCCACCGAAGCUCGAUCCGCUCAGAUUACACCCCUAGUCGAGAGAACUAUUGGGACUGCAAGUUUUGGUCUGAGUGGAUGGGUGGCCCUGGAACAUACAAUUCUGCCAAUUGGUGGCUUCUCGACUCGGAUCACGAUUUGUCCGAUGGUGAGUUGGACAGCUUGCAGAACCAGUGGGUUGGCUCUGGUGGUCGUCGGAUCGAUAACCGAGAGGCCCUCAUCGACCUCAUUCGCCAAGAGCAGGACAGCCAGGAUAAAUGCGAGGAAAUGGCUUUGGCUAUUGGACUGAAGGACACUGGCGACAUGGCGGCUCAACUUCAAAAGCAUUUCGAUGGAAAAGCCACCAAGGACGACUAUGAAUUCGGCAUUCAGAUUCCAGCUCACCGACCACAGAAGGACAAGACGAUUAAGCCCCGUGGGCAGGCCAUUGACGAGACUUUGAACAAUCUCAUAUUGGUUGUGCAAAGCGUCCAGGCUGGCAUCAAGCUCACUACGGAGGCAUGGCGCCGCUGCAUGUUUCUGAUGAAGUUGAACCAUGUUCUUCAUGGAAGCCAAAGCCCGCUGUCCGCCACCUGCAACGUCUGUGAUCGCGUUGCUGCAAAUUUUGACAUGCAUCAUUCUAUUGCAUGCGGUCACUCGCUUUGCAAGGACUGCUUUGGUGCUUUCACUGAGGCUGGUGGUCAAAUGUGCCCCAUGCAAAGCUGCAAGGCAUUCAGUCGCGGGUCAUUUAUCCCUAGCGAGAUAUUUGCGACGCCCGCGAAUCUGCAGCACGAUCUUUCGGCCGUUCCCAGUGCCAAGGUAUCCGACAUGGAGAACGUUAUGUUCAACAAUGUCCUUGAUGACGAGAAGGUUCUGAUCUUUGCUGCGUAUGCGGGCAUCAAGAAAGAGGUCUACGACCACCUCAUUCGCAGCGACAACGGCUUUGGCGUUUACAUGACCGACGGAGGCGAUCAGGACUCGAAUCAGAUUGAGGCAUUCAAGUCACACCAUGGAAAGGCCGUUCUGAUCCAGAGUCUCAUGUCUUCAGAGUCCGCUGGCACAAAUUUGAUCGAGGCGAACCAUCUCAUGUUUGCUGGAGUUCUAUUUACAGACUCGGACAGCUACGACAUGUACAUGAGACAGGCCAAGGGACGUCUCAUUCGAUAUGGACAGAAGCGCCCCGUCUUUGUCUAUCACUUCAUCACUCCAGCUACUCUGGAGUUUGACUUGUUCAACAGGCGUCAUGGCAACCGCAUCCGUAGCUUCGGUGAGGAUGGACGCAUUGCUAUCCCGGUCACUGAGGACGGAGAGAAGGACCCGAGAUUCCCUCUGUAUUUCCGUCCAUACUUGGAGAUCGCAUCGAUUGAGAAGCUUCUGCGCUCAGUGGAAUUCGAGGAGUACGAAAAGUGA